GGAAAGGUGACUGCUGAAUUUAACCUGAACUCUGAAGUAUUGAAACAUCUUUCAAGUUAUCAGGAUACUGAAGGUGUAGGAAUGAAGUUAACCGACGUUGGCAUAGCAACAUUGGCCAAAGGAUACAAAGGGUUUAAAGGCAACUGCGCCAUUUCCUUCAUUGAUCAGUUUAAAGCCCUCCACCAGUGCAAUAAGUACUGUGAGAUGUUGGGGUUGAAAUCCCUCCCAGGCAGUCAUCAAAAACAGAGGAAACCAACAGCCAUGAAAAGCAAAGUCCCUCCAAAGUCACUGAAUGUACAGAAAAAAGUGGCCAGCACACAGGCAACCAAGACAACAUAGACCUCCUGUCUUCAAAGCAUCCAGUAACACUGCACCACUCCGCACAAGCUCCUCUCCAGAAAUGCACAGGUACCGAAGGACAUGACGGCGGAGUUAGACUGAGCCUUCUGCAUUAUACCCCCAUUUUGAAGCUGUUCUUUGAUAACAGCAACCAGGAAACCAGCUGUGUCUGUGGCCUAGCAGGCUACAAUUCAAAAGCGAUGGAAAGUUUUCAAAGCCAAACAAAGCUAUCUGCCUCAAUUAACUUUGAAGUAUUUUUACAUAUGUCACGUCAGUGUAUAUUUGUGUAUUUGCACACUCUAUCUUUGUGCAGGAGAGGGGUGACUGGAGCAUUUCUGUCCUCCAUUUGGCAACUCCCAGAUCUCUACACCAGCGACACUGUGGAAUUCAGCAGCUAUGUAAAAAUAAAACUACUUAAUCCACCACUUAGUAAAGGUUUUGGAGUAGAGCUCGAUACUGGCACUGGGGUCAAGGAUGUAUGAAAAUAAUUGCUUUAUUUCCUACCCUUUGCACAAUUUUAAUCCUUACUGUACUCAUAUUCCUUGUACUUUUGCCAGUUAAAUUCCUUUUAAAACAAGCAUAAGCCACGUGGGUAUUUGGAUCAUUAUACACACCUGUUCUCUGAACAAGCUCAAGGAUUUAGCUGCCACCUAUGUAGCUUUCCUGAUAAAGUUCGGUCACUCAGUUGGAAAAAUCCUAAAACUGGGCAACACCUGGGACUUUCUUAUUCAAAGAAUGUGUUUUCUCCCUGAGGCCCUGAUCCUGCAGUUGGACCCAUCUUGCUCCCACCCAGAUCCUGCUGCAGGACUGGGGCC